CUGCAUCCCAACUCGAUGCCUCGGAUGCUGUGGGACCUCUGGAUGUUCUUCAUCACUUCCUUCGCGCUCGUCACCGACCCGCUGGGGCUGGGUCUGCUUCCUGACUCUGUUCCCUUCUUCGACGCCACUGACCGGCUGAUCACUGCGGUGUUCAUGAUGGAUAUCGUGCUCAACUUCCUGACCGGCUACAUCAACAAGAAGGAGCGAUGCGUCAUCAUGUCCUGGCAUGACGUGGCUGUGCGGUACUUGACGACGUGGCUGGGGGUUGAUAUCAUCUCCUCGCUGCCUCCUGAGGCGUUCACGAGCAACAAAGUGUCGGAGACGUCGAUGAUCAAGGCGAUGAGGAUAACCAAGAUCCUCACGUUCUUCAAGAUCUCCAGGCUGGCGAGGGUGGUGGAGGUGAUC